GACAACUUGGCGAUGGCGGGAAUAUAUUGACAAUUUCUAUCUACUGGCAUUUAUUUGUUGAUUUGAAUAUACCGCUCCAAAUGACUUUACAAUAGGGUUAUUAAUAGAAGAACAUUAUCAGUAAUUUAAAAAUUAGAGUAACAAAUUUUCUAAUAAAAUAGACUGCUUUAAAGGAGUAAAUGGAGCCAAGCAAGCGGAGCAUCUAGCAGUUCUAUGAAAAUAAGCAACAGUUACUCUAGACUUGAGAAGAAGAUUUGGUUAUCUCAACAUCCUAUUAAUCGAGAUAUUCUUUGUGUAAAUAUGAUCUUUCAACUUAUUCAAAAUCAUUUGAGUUAACAUGAUCAUUUAAUUACUUAAAAGAAAUCUUACAUUUGAAAAGAUUUCUUAUUAGGUCAUUGAAUUUUUCGAAAUUUUCUAGAUUCCAACUUUUUGAACAGUUUUCUCAUUGACAGAAGAUGAAUUUCGAAUGCGAAUUUUGUGGGCGAGGAUUUGCGAAGAAGCGGAAUAUGGUCCGUCAUGCUUUUUUCCACACAGGUGAAAGGCCAUAUGUGUGUGAUGUAUGCGGUAAAGCAUUCAGUUGGAAGAGUAAUUUAACAAAACAUAAUCUUGUGCACACAAAGGAAAAAAAUUUCGUGUGCCAUGUGUGCAGCAAACGUUUUACUUGGUUAGCUGGUUUGGAGCGGCAUUAUCGUAUUCAUACAGGUGAAAGACCUUUUGUGUGCACUUUGUGCAACAUGUCUUUUGCUAAAAGGAGUGGGCUCAAAAGACAUCACCUUACUCACACUCAGGAAAAACCUUUUGUGUGCGAUCUAUGCCAGAAAGAAUUUACCUCUGCUGGAGCUCUAAAGAUUCACUUUGUUCUUCAUACAGGACAGAAAUCUGCUGAAAAAAGUGAAGGCAAAAAGCGCAAUCAUUCCUUGACUCAGUCAAAAGAGAAAGCCGUCGAGUGUGAGUUGUGCCACAAAUCAUUUACUUGCAAAUAUUCAUUAAAAUAUCACUAUCGCAUUCAUACAAAUGAGAGACCUUACACUUGUGACGUAUGUGGCAGAGGUUUCAUUCGGAGCUAUCGUCUGAAACUGCAUUCUCUCCUUCAUUCGAAUGAGAAACCAUUCAAGUGUGAUCUGUGCGAUGCUUCGUUUUGUCGUCCGGAUUUAUUAAAGUGUCACAAUCGUGUUCACAAAUAUAAGGAUGCAUUUGCAUGUAAAAUUUGUAGCAAAACAUUUUCAUGGAGAUCAACGUUGAAUAGACAUCUUCGUUGUCAUACGCAAGAAAAACCUUUCGAGUGCCUAGUGUGCGGCAAAGGAUUUUCUCAGAAUUGUCAUUUAGUGAGGCAUAGCAACAUUCACAAAACUGAGGAACCUGUGAUUUAAUGUAUGUCUUUUUAUGUGCAAUAUAUGUACGAGGGUCAGUCAAAAAGUUAGUUGCAUUACUUGUAAAAUCGAAGCAGGAUAGAAAUUUUACAAUGACUUUAUUUGAAACUUAAAGUUCGAUUCAAAAUCUACUUUUCAACGUAAUGACUACAGUUGUGUGAGCAUUUGUAGAGGCGUGGUACAAGUUUUUCAAUGCCUUCUGCAAAGAAAUCUCAUGCAGUGCCCGAUAACACAAAGUUCGAUUCAAAAUCUACUUUUCAAAGUAAUGACUACAGUUGUUUGAGCAUUUGUAGAGGCGUGGUUCAAGUUUUUCGAUGCCUUCUGCAAAGAAAUCUCGUCCAGUGCCCGAUAACCCUUUUUGGAUUGCAGUUUUUUACUUCAUCCGAGUGGUAAAGUCGCUUUGAAGGUUCUUCUUGCAUGGGACCAAAAGCAUGGAAGUCACUAAGUGGAAGGUCUUAGCUAUAAGGAGGGUGAUCCCACACUUCCCACCUAAACUUUUCUAGAAGCCCACACGUUUGUUUUGCUGCAUGUGGUUUUGCAUUGUCAUGCGACAGAGCAGUUACUUUCUAAUUACUUUACUCCGUCAGUGCAGUUACAUCUUUUCGCCUACAAAAAGCGAAUAACUGCACGCAUUUCCAAUUUGGACGCCACUAGCAGCUGUCAUGACAUGUUUACGACUGAUUAUCAGAAAAACUAAAUUGCUUCGUGAAAGCCAAUACGUCAGACGAUAAAGAUAAACAUUUGAAGUGUUGCUACGCAGUUUUCUCAAAAUAGCAUUUGACCGAAAACUUUUAUGAUGUAAUGCAAUUAACUUUCUGAUUGACCUGCGUAUGUAUUUUUAUACAAUAUGUAUGCCAUUUCAUGCAUUUACUAAUUUUAUGUACAAUUCAUUACUUUGAUGUUUUUUUGUUAAAUACAUUCCGAAAGAUUGAGCUACCAAGUAAUAAUGAGAAUAAAAUCUGCCAUUUUUGUAUAUUUUUUUUUAAAAUUUGGGAUUUGAAAGUGAUAAGCUGGUAAAAAUUCAAAAUAGAUAAUUUAUUUUAAUGUAAAAUGUGGUAAUCUAUUCCUUCGUAAAUUUUAAUUGUGAUUUAAUAGGAUUGCGGAAUAUAAAUUUAAAAAUGAUGAAAAAUGCAUUUAUUACUAAUUAAAUACAUUUUAAUUUUAUAUGAUAUUUUUCAAGUUAUUCUAAUCGAAUUGCUUACACUUGGCCCCAUGUUUCUGGCAGUUCUGGAGUUCAUUUUUAACAUCUGGCAGUUUAGAAAUGCCUGUGCUUUCUUCAUUAUAACCGUUGAGAAAUCAGAUUUCUGAUUUGCAGUUUUCAGUUUAAAAACGGAAUUAAAUAAGGGAUUUCUACAUGUAGUAGAUCCUGACUACAUGGAGAAUGUGGUAAAUGUUCGAUAUUUUGUAGGAAUAAAUAUAGCGAAAUAGCAGUGGGGAAAGGAAAGCAUGAAUUAUCAUGGUAUUGGCGUCAACCAGAUGAAUACAUCUCAUGACUUACUUAUCAGGAUGUGUUUAUUUAACCCUUUCUAGGGCCGUGGGAAGUAUGCUUCCACCAAAUUUAUCAAUCUUUGUAUGAAAUUAUGUAGAUUGGCAUAAGUUCUGAAAUUUUUUUUUACUAAGUCAGAAACUGAGAUGCUUCAGUUCUUUAUCUCAGACAAAAUGAUG